UACAAAUUACCUCCCUUGUUCCCGACUCCCGAGGAAGACGAGCGGAAUGGCUUCUGUCCUUCACAUUCCGUCCAAAAUUGGCGAGAUUGACUCCGUUAAUGACCCAUUUAAACUGUUGGACGGAGGUAAAGGAUGUGUACCCCUCCCUUUCUUUGGUGUAACAAAGACGCUAACCGUAAACACCGGAUGUGCGUAUUCUUUACUUUCGCCAAAUGUUGCAUGUCGACGACAUAAGCAAGGAAAAAAUUGCGGAGGGUCGACGUUCCACUGAGGAAGGACUGGACAGAGUUGUUAGCGGAUGGACCAUUAAGAUGUGGAGUGAGAAGAAGAGAGAUGAAUGAGGUUGGAAUUUCUUGAGUGGAGGUGGUACAAGAUGAACUUUGAGGAGCAGAGGCCGCGGGACUGGAGCUUGCUUUUUGAAAUUCAACUUGUUGUCACAAAGAAUUCCUUGUUUUUCUUUGAUACUAAUGCUGUACAGGUGAAUAUUUACCAAGAUGAGGAUGAAUGGAAAUGGAACAAUAUUGGUGACCCUAUCUUACACAUCGAACUACGGCGCUGGGCUGAUAUUAUGGUCAUUUGUCCUCUCGAUGCCAAUACUCUGGCCAAAAUAGCCAAUGGUCUUUGUGAUAACCUGCUGACAUGUAUUGUACGAGCCUGGGAUCAGAAGAAACCCCUCUUAUUUGCUCCUGCCAUGAACACCCUGAUGUGGGAACAUGUGAUCACAAAGAAACAAAUAGAAACACUGACAGGAUUUGGGUACAUAGAAAUACCCUGUGUUGCUAAAAAGUUGGCCUGUGCUGAUGUAGGAAUGGGUGCAAUGGCUUCAGUGGAGACUAUUGUUGAGAAAAUAGUGGAAUACAUAGCAGUGCUCCAGCAUGGCCACAGUGAAGGUGCUGAAACCAAAACAGAAGUUAAAGAGUCUCUGGAAACCUAAUUGCAAAGCUGACACGAAACUAUUCCAAUAAUUAAUAAUUCAAUUAACAAUUUCAUUAACUUCCGUUGUGAUCAAGAAUGCCUUUUUUCUCAAACAAAAUAUUUCAUAAUCAAAUUCCUUAACACAGACAUGGCUGUGUGGUUAAGAACUUUGCUUCUAAAUCAUGGAGUUUUGGGUUCAGUCCCACUGCAGGGCACCUUCGGCAAGUGUCUUUUACUGUAGCCCCAGGUUGACCAAAGUCUUGUGAGUGGAUUUCGUAAACAGAAACUGAAAGAAGCCCAUUGUCUGAUGAUGUGUUUGCUCACAAUGCUGGUUCAGUUGGAUGCCUCAUCUAAUUAUGUCUAUGGUGUGACAUCAUGGAUUGAAGAAUGCUGAAACAUGUGUAAACAGCUGGAAUAAAAGAGUACCGAGUCAAUGUC